UUGAUAUAUAUUUAUAUAUAUAUAGGUUCACCUCACCAGCUACACGAAUUCAUAUAUGAAGAAAAGAAGAGAAAAACACAUACAAGAGAUACAAGCCCAUCAUAUAAUAUAUAUAUAUCUAACUUUUUCUACUUCCACCAAUUUUGUUAUUUUUUGUCUUCAUUUAUUUGAUUCAAAUUAAGAUGGAAUAUUUGGAUCAACGGCCCAUAAAAAUAGGAGUUGGCACAAUAAGUACAAGGGCUUCUUCUUCUGAUCAUCAUAUUAAUGAUGGUGGUCUUUGUAAUAAUCGUUCUGAGUCCUUCCGGACGCUGGAGAUGGGUGUACCGAAAUCUGAAUCGGCAGAGGUGAGAUUAGCAUGGCUUCGUUCACAAAUAAUUGGUGGCAAUUACGAAGUGGAAUAUAAGUCUCCUUUUGGAAAACGAACCAUUGUCUAUGCCGACCACACCGCUUCUGGCCGAUCUCUUCUCUACAUUGAGAAUUUCAUCAUCAAUAAUGUUCUUCCUUUCUAUGGGAACACACACACGUGCGACAGUCACGUGGGUCUCCGAACGACAAAAAUGGUUCAUGAAGCAGGGAACUACGUGAAGAAAUGUUUGGGAGGUGGAGAAGAGGAUGCCCUCUUGUUUUGUGGAUCAGGCACCACUGCCGCCAUAAAGAGACUCCAAGAGGUUAUGGGGCUUACAGUGCCAUCCAUACUUAGAGAAAGAGUGAUGAAGAGUCUAACCAAUGAAGAGAAAUGGGUUGUUUUUGUUGGACCUUUUGAGCACCAUUCCAACCUUCUCUCAUGGCGACAAAGCUUGGCUGAAGUAGUUGAGAUCGGUUUAGACCAAAAUGGGUUAUUAGAUAUGGAAACUUUAAGAUUGGAGCUUGAGUCUUAUAAAUAUGCAAAUAGACCUAUUUUGGGCUCUUUCUCUGCCUGUAGUAAUGUCACUGGGAUUUACUCUGAUACAAGAGCAAUAGCCCAACUUCUUCACAAGUAUGGAGGCUUUGCAUGCUUUGAUUUCGCAGCUAGUGGUCCAUAUGUUGAGAUAGAGAUGAGAUCGGGGGAGAUGGAGGGAUAUGAUGCUGUUUUUGUGAGCCCACACAAGUUUGUUGGUGGGCCUGGAACCCCAGGCAUACUCUUAAUGAGCAAGGCCCUAUAUCAGCUCAGGACUUCACCCCCAUCAACUUGUGGAGGUGGAACUGUUGCUUACGUUAAUGGCUUCUCUGAAAAGGACACAUUAUAUUAUGAGGAGAUUGAAGAAAGGGAAAAUGCUGGGACACCACAAAUAAUACAAACAAUAAGAGCAGCAUUGGCCUUUUGGGUGAAAGAAUACAUUGGUUAUGAAGUGAUUGAAAAAUAUGAGCAUUUCUAUGUAGAAAAGGCACUAAAGAGGCUUCUCCCAAAUAAGAACAUACAAAUUUUAGGAAACACAAGUGUGAAACGACAAGCUAUACUAUCAUUUCUCAUUUAUUCCACAACAAAUUCUUACCUAUCAACAGACCACACUAUUAAAGACGGACAUGCUCAUAAUGAGAGAGAAGAAUCCAGGCUUUACAUGUGGGAAGAGACUGGCAACAAUAGUGGUAAGCCUCUUCAUGGAGCUUUCGUUGCAGCUCUUCUCAGUGAUCUAUUCGGUAUCCAAGCUCGUGGUGGUUGUGCUUGUGCGGGACCCUAUGGCCACACUCUGCUCGGAGUUAAUGAGGCUAACUCUCAUACCUAUAGAUCUGUUAUAAAAGAGGGCUACACUGGCGUGAAACCUGGAUGGACAAGAAUCAGUUUUCCGUAUUAUAUGCCCAAUGAAGAAUUUGAGUUCAUUUUGGCAACGUUGGAAUUCAUAGCUACUUAUGGACAACGGUUUCUGGCUCUUUAUCACUUUGAUUUGAGAACAGGGAACUGGACUGCCAAAGACAAGGCACUUUUAUGCCUCAUUAAGAAUAAUGCCUCCAAUGUACAUCAACAUCAUGGUGUGCCUGUAACUAAUUAUAAUAGUACAGAGGCAAAAGAACCUAAGCAUGAUGGAAAUGGAAUUGUCACUGAGUUUGAGUUGUAUUUAAAGACUGCCGUUGAGAUUGCUGGUCACCUCCCCAAGUUCCCACCACAACGCACACUUCAGGGAGAAUUUGAUUUUUUGCAAUUUAGGGUAUAAUAACUUUUAAUACAACAUGUCUCUAAUAUAUUCGUUCUCAACUUAAUAUAAUUGCUCCAAAAAAGGAGUAAUAUUUGUUUUGUUGCAUUAAUAUUUUUAUCCACCUUCCCUCAAAUGUAAUCUGUAUAUAUAGAUGGAGUGCAUGUCUCUGUCAACUCUUCACAAGUUUGCAUUAAAGGCCACCAUGAUAUGCAUGUCGUUUAAGUCUUUCAUUUAUUAUUUUUCUAUUUCUUUUUUC